AUGCUCCUGACAAAGAAUGCUAGCGGCAACACCGCGCUGCAUGAAGCUGCGAUGUCUGGUCAGAAGGGUGUGGCAGAGAGCAUGGUGACGAAGAACCCAACUUUAGUUUUUGAGAGGACUAAUUUGAACGAGACGCCUCUUUACCUUACUGCUGCGUUUGGAAAGAUUGAAGUUUUCACACUUCUGGAAAGCUACAAUAGCGAUUGCAGGAUAAGGAGGCACGAUGGCUCCACCAUUCUUCAUGCUGCCAUUAAGGAAGAACGUUACAGUGGCACCUUCAUGAGGCUUGAGGCGACGAUGAUAGUCGUCGUUGGUGACGUUAUCAACAACACAGGCUUGGGCAGUGACGACGCCAAAAAAGGCCAAAAAUGCAAUGCCAAAGAAAGCAACCUAGGCAGCAGGCACGCAUCAAGUGACAACAAUGUUGGCAACAUCUUUGGCGAGGAAGGCAACAUCAGAGAGAUUUGGGCGAUGCCCUAG